AUGCCACCCCAGAAGAUAGAAGCCUUUGGCAACCUCGGUCCCUGGAGCGAACCCUCAUGGUACAACUCUCUCGCAUCCCCCUACUACAACGACUCGCACAAGAAGCUCCGCAAUGCACUCCGCACCUACAUCGACACAAAUAUCAAACCGUAUAUGCUAGAAUGGGAGGAAGCUGGUGAAGCACCCACGUCAGAGCGGCUCAAAUGGGCACAGACGGGAUUUUGCUUUGCAGACAUCCCGGAGCCAUACCGUCCUGGUAAUGUACCGGGGCCGGCUGGUAUACCUGUGGGGGAAAUGGAUUUGUUCCAUUUCAUGAUCAUGACAGAUGAGACGAGUAGGAUUGAAGGGGGUGUGGGCGUUGCGCUGGGUGGAGCCAGUGUAAUUGGAGCACCGCCUAUUUCCGACGUAGCCAACAUCGAAACCACCGCUACAAAAUCCUCUGAUGGAAGCUAUUACACAGUCAACGGCUACAAGAAAUGGAUCACCGGCAUGCCCUGGGCCACACACAUGACAACCGCCGUCCGUACCGGCGGCCCCGGCGCCUCGGGCCUCUCCGUUCUCGUCAUUGCCACCAACUCCCCCGGCCUAGCACACCGCCGCAUCCCCAACAGCGGGCAAAAAGCCGGGGGCGCCAGCUUCGUCGAACUCGACAACGUCCGCGUCCCAACCGCAAACCUCAUCGGCGCCGAGAACGCCGGCUUCCCUAUCGUGAUGCGAAAUUUCAACAAAGAACGCUUCAUCAUGGCCGUAGGAUGUAACCGCAAAGCUAGAACCUGUCUCUCUGAAUCCUUCGCUUACGCCCAUACACGACGUACAUUUGGUAAACCGCUAAUCGCCAACCAGAUCAUCGCUAGUAAACUGGCGACGAUAGCGCGGUAUGUUGAAUCGCAUUGGGCGUGGCUAGAGCAGCUAGCAUACCAUAUCCAGCAUGCGGAGCUGGGGUGGCAGGACGCUAGUAUCGCGGGACAGAUUGCGUUAGCGAAGGUGCAUGGGGGUCGGAUCUUAGAGUUGGCGAAUAGAGAGGCGCAACAGGUUUUUGGGGGCGCGGGGUAUCAGAAGGGUGGGGGGCCGGGGGCGGUGGUGGAGCAGAUUAGUAGGGAUUUGAGGAUGCAGGUUGUGGGGGGUGGCAGUGAGGAGAUUAUUGCGGAUUUGGCGGUUAGGCAGGAGGGGAAGAUGGCGAGGGGAAGGGGGUGGAAGUUGUGA